AAAGAAUUCUGCAAAUGAGGCGGAAAACAAAAAUGUUUUCAAAUUUUAAAGAGGCUAAACUUAAACUUGGCAGAAGCUUUGUCAAUUAGAAAUGGAAUCCCUUGGCAGAAUCUUGUCUCAAUUAGAAAUGGAGAAUCCUUUUGCACCUCACACACUUUAUUCGUUCCCUUCCAAGGAAGAAGGAGAAGAAUCGCUUUUCUCGACUCCAAAAAGCUAUCCUUUUUUCUACCUUAAAACUUAUAUAGUAGAACUGAUUUGAUAUUUGCCUCGUCAAGUAUUCUGCAACCCAUCAUCGAUGUCUUUGAGCCCUCCUCUUCCUCCUAUUCCUCCUCCUUCUCCUCGUGUCGACGCAACCAACGCCAACAACUCAAACUUCCCGCUAUACUGGUGCUACCAUUGUCACCGGACGGUCCGUAUUUCCUCGGAAAACCCAUCCGAAAUCAUCUGUCCCCGCUGCUUCGGGCAAUUCCUGUACGAGAUCGACAUUGCCAGACCCUUCUUCGUCGUCGACUUCACCCAGUUCGAUCCCUCCCCGGAAGCCCGAAUACUCGAAGCCCUCUCUCUCGUGCUCGAUCCCCAGCUGAUUGGCGACAGAUCAGACAACGAUGUUACUGGUGCUGGUUUGACAAGAAACCGCCGUGGCCGUCACUGGCCAUGGAGCCGGAACCGGGUCGUGGACGACAUCGGCGAUCACUGGGGACCGGAGAGUGGAAUCCUCGCCCGCCCUCGUUCCGGCUGGAUUAUCCUCGGGCCGUCAUCAGGCCCUUUACCUGUUGGACGGCGAAAUUCGCCAGCGGAAGGGCUAAUACCUUCGAGGGUUAACCCUCGGGACUACUUCGUGGGGCCAGGGUUUAGCGAGUUGAUCGAGCAACUGACACAGAACGACCGACAAGGCCCUCCUCCUGCGCCUGAUUUGGCUAUAGAUUCUCUGCCGACGGUAAAAAUCACGGCGGAUCAUCUGGGUGGCGAUUCAAGUUGCCCCGUUUGUAAGGAGGAGUUCAAAGUUGGCGGGGAAGCAAGGGAGAUGCCUUGUAAACACAUAUACCAUUCCGAUUGCAUUAUGCCUUGGUUGAGGCUCCAUAACUCUUGUCCCGUUUGUCGGCAUGAGCUUCCGGUUGAGACGGAUCAGAGCGGUGGAGUUCGGGUUGACGGCUUUGAAGAUUCUUCUCGCGGCGAAGAAGAUGCUAGGAACGGGAGGAGGUGCUUGAGGUUGAGGCAAUUCGCAGCUUCUUUGUGGCCGUUCCGCCCGAGGUUCCGACCACUUCAUACCCAAGGUGAUGUUGAUUUUACUACUGAUGGCACAGCUAAUUCAAGGUCGUGGUCUUGCUUUAUUCUCUAGCCUGUGAUUGUCGUAGCUAGUAAGUGCUCAACGAAGCGAUACUCAUCGGGGCUGGCUUAUGUGUUCGGGAUGUAGAUCACGAUUUCCUAAGUCUCAAACUUUGAUGCUGCAAGUUCUUUCGUUUACGAGGACAAUCAGCUGGUUGCGAAUGCCUGUUGUAUACUGAUAUCUGGAAGGAAAACCCUCCAAGCUUAUAUAGCUAAGUUACAGAAGUUAUGUGGUUUAGAAUGAUUGUAUAUGCUUUAAAUUGUACAGAAAUUUCGACUCUCUUAUCUCUUUCAAAAUUUGAAUCAGAAUUAUUGGCAGUCUGGGUGAUAAUAAAAUUCCUUUGGGUUUGAAUUU